CUCCACUCAGUCUGUCCGCGGUCGUCCGUCAAGCAUCCAUCGGCGUUCAUUCCCUCCCGGUCGUCCUUUCCCUGUCGCGACUCGAGGGCCUCGUGGGGAACACACAUGUCGUCGGCUGGUGCAGCUGCUGCUACCGGCUAACUCGCGCGCGCGCGCGCGCACGGCUGUCCACGUAAUAAACGUUAAUACGGACCCAGCCGAUCGUCGCUCCCGACCGCGUCCACCGCGUGUCGCGUGUGCGCCGCGUCUUCCUCGCGAUUUCCACGAUCGGUUCUCAUAUAUGAAAGUGACUCGACACGGUGACAGAGUGUUCGUAGUGCGCUCAUCACGUGGCACGUCGGUCCGGUGGAUGAGAUGCGGUUGACGAAGUUUCUCUGCUGCCUCAUCGGCCUGGCCGCCGUCGAGCUGCCGUUUUGGCACUCCGCCGAUGGCUUCAACAUCGAGACGAAACACUAUGCGGUGUAUCACAAGGAGGAGAGGUCUAUGUUCGGAUUCGCCGUGUCGGCGUAUCGUGACAAAUACGGCCGUGGAUGGGCGAUCGUGGGCGCACCGGAGGCCGAGACUGCGCAGGCCGAUGUCUACCGCGGAGGUGCAGUUUACAAGUGCGAUAUCGCGGCCGAUGACAGAUGCAACAUUAUUCACUUCGACGACAAAGGACAAAACUACGUGAAGAAUCCGCAUGUUGCGGGCGGCUUGAGUCCUAUCGAUAAUAAGACGUUGCAGUGGUUCGGCGCCACGGUUUCAGCCUCUAGGAAAGCUGGAGGCCCGAUUAUGGCGUGCGCGCCCAGAUACACCUGGUUCUCCAUGCAACAGCCGAGGUAUGAUCCUCAUAGUAACAUGAGCAAGGAAUCCACAGCGGGCAACAGAAUAGAGCCAGUGGGUACCUGUUGGGUCGCCAUCAACAACUUCAACGAGUCCCGCGAGUUCUCUCCUUGCCGCACGAGGUUCUGGGGCUAUCACAGGCAAGGUUAUUGCCAAGCUGGUUUAGCUGCCGCGAUAUCUAAGAAUGACGAAAGACUCUUCAUAGGCGCGCCAGGAUGUUGGUACUGGCAAGGUCAGAUAUACUCGAUCGCCACCGACAUGAGGUUGAAGUUCGUGGCGUCGAUGUUGUACACCUCCGAAGCCGAAGCACCAGGACAAGCGAUUUCGCAACCCUUGAACAACGACUCCAAGGUCAUGUCUACGAAAGAGGGCCCCGCCGAGGAGGACGAUAGCUACUUGGGUUACUCGGUCACUGCGGGAGACUUCGUCGGGAACGGCGACAACGGCAUGGCGGUCGGAGUCCCGCGCGGCUCCCGUCUCCUCGGCAAGGUCAUACUUCUCACGUCGAACAUGACGAAUCCACAAAAUAUCACCGGCGAGCAAAUGGGCGCCUACUUCGGCUACGCCAUGGCUUCCGGCGACAUAGACGGAGACGGGUUGGACGACCUGAUAGUCGGUGCGCCCAUGUACACGAUCCCGGACAACCCGGAAAUGACCAUCGAGACCGGAAGGGUUUACGUGAUGUAUCAGGGCACCGAUAUAGAAAAGUUCCGCAAAUUCGACACAAGAGACGGUGAAAGCAACCGCGGACGUUUCGGCUUGUCGUUGGCUUCUCUCGGAGAUAUCGACUUCGACGGUUACGGUGACUUCGUCGUCGGCGCGCCCUACGGUGGUCCAAAUGGCCGCGGUGCCGUCUACAUUUACUAUGGCUCGCGAGUCGGUGUAUUGGAGAAGUACUCCCAGGUGAUCCACGCGGAGGAUUUGGACAGCCCGGUGCAGACCUUCGGGUUUUCGGUGGCCGGUGGCCUCGAUCUCGACGGCAACGUUUAUCCGGACCUGGUGGUCGGUGCAUACGAGUCGGGCGCAGCGAUGUUCUUCAGGUCACGACCGGUGAUCAAAAUGGACUCGUACGUGACCUUCGGCUCAGAAUCCAAGCUGAUCUCCUUGGAUAUCAAGAACUGCACACUUUCGGACGACACUAGGGUCACGUGUCUUCCGCUUAGAGCCUGCUUCAGGUACAGAGGAGAUGGUCUCCUCAUGAGGCACAAUUUCAACGUGCAAUAUGUGUUGGACGUUAAGAAAACGAAAAACCCGAGACUGUUCUUCUUGGAAUUAGAGGGCAAGAACACCAUGAACCAUACGAUCUCGAUGGAAUAUGACCGGCAGUUUUGUCGCACGGUUCAAGUCUACGUGAUUCCCAAUAUCCGCGACAAGCUGACAUCGUUAGAUGCCGAGAUGCGCAUGAGUCUGGAAGAAGAACGAGUCCCAGAUAAACGUCGUCGUGAUCCUAGACUACCAUUACGCCCGGUCCUCGGUGCAACGACUUCCAGAAAAGAUACUCUCUCCAUCAGGAAGAAUUGCGGCCCUGACAAUAUCUGCGUGCCCGACUUAUCCUUAAGUGUGACCCCGAACGUCGGCAAAUACUUAUUAGGAUCCGGCAAACGGCUAGAACUUGAGGUUUUGGUUCACAACACGGGCGAGGAUGCGUUCGAAGCGACGUACAACCUGCAGCUACCAGCCGGCAUCGAUUACAUCAAGAUCGAGCGUAUCGAGACCCUGGAAAUUCCCGUUCACUGUUCCGCGCCCAAGCAAUCCAACAACAACACCCUGCGUUGCGACAUCGGCAACCCACUGCCGCAGAACAAACUGGUGAAGUUUAAAGUAUUGCUUCAACCCGUCACAUCCCACGGCAUGAAGCCCGUCUACGAGUUCAACAUGAAUGUCAAUACCACGAACCCUGAAGACUGGUCCACUUUUUACGAUAACAAACAUCACUUAUCUCUGCCGAUCUGGAUAGAAACAGAUUUGCGAGUGGACGGUGAAAGCAAGCCCAAAGAUCUUUACUACAACCCCGACAAUUACACCGCCACGAAUAUCACGACGGAACUCGAAUUCGGGCCGGCGGUCACGCACAAUUACACGAUUCGCAAUCAGGGACCGUCUGACAUCGUUGAGGCUGAGGCGUUCCUCGUGUGGCCCGCGCAAACUCUAUCCAACAAGGAGUUGUUGUACUUGUUGGAACAGCCAGAGACCUCAGGACCGAUCGCCUGCGAGUCUGCCAACGCAAAUUAUCUCAGCUUGAAGCUGGAUCAGCGUAGGAAAGCACAUCUGAAUUACCUUGACUAUACUGGUGUGAUACUUGACGAAUCGCAAUCGGGUAAGACGAUUAAUGUCCAAAGAGGCUUCGAGAUGGAUCGCAAGAAAGUGAACCAAAAAGAAGAGGCCGAGAUAAACAGCGGUGAUAGUUCGAAUAUCCAGAAAUCGCGACACUCUUCCUCAUCAUCUUCCUCCUCCUCCUCUUCCUCGAGCGUGGUUACGGAGACUAGGAGAAUUCAGUUGAAUCCAACGGGAGAGAAGCCUCAAGUGCUCACCACGACGUAUACGCACAAUUCUUCCGGAACCAGCUCGGCGAUCGGGACCGGUGGCUUGUCUCACAAUCGCAACAUGGUUUUCCACUCGGAAUCCGGCGGUAGUUAUGGCCCUACAACUUCACACGGAAUAUUCCACGCGACCGAAGUGCCCUUCGACUCUAGAUUACGAGGCUCCGGUCUUGAAGAUUCCCACAGGUCUCGUGUGAACCAUACUGUCCAAGUAGAAAGUCGCUGGCGCGAAAGCGGUCGAGCGGAAGACGGUCAUACGAUUUCGUCCUCGGAAAACCUCGAUUCCGUUAUGACCGAGAGCGAAAGGCGGUAUCAGGAACUGCUUCGGCAGCAGGAAAAGGUCCGCCUGGAGGAGGAAGCACGUCAGAGGAAGCUGCAAGAGGAGGCGCGCCUACGUGAGCAUCAACGAGCGGAACAGGAACGUCGUCGCGAAGAAGAAGAGCGGCGUCAACAAGAUGAGGAACGACGUCGGCAAGAAGAAGAGCGACAUCGACAGGAGAUGGAGCAACGACGAAAAGAGGAGGAACGGUAUCGACAGGCAGAGCAACAGCGGCGACAAGAAGAGCAACGACGUCAGCAGGGUGAGAGGGGACACAGGUAUAACUACGACGAGGAGAAACGCUAUGGUGUGUCCUCCACUGGCCAUCACCGGACCACAGAGGAUGAUUUCAUCACUAGCGAUCGCGAAGAUACGGUCGGCAACAAAGAGUUCGGCUUCCGUUUGCAGAAUGCUAGCUCCACUCAGGAACUGGAGCGACUGUUUGGUAUGUUGUCGAAGGACGCGUCCAGUUACCAAGUGUACACCAGACAGGGGCAACAAUAUGUGCAGUUCAAGGCAAGAUUCCGGACGUCCGCUGACAGAAAGGAAUACAUAGAGUUCCAAGACGGCUCCAUGUUCCCUCUGCAAGACCGUUACGGAGCCCAAAGCUACAUGUCGGACUCCAUGGAGCCACGCGACAGUCGAUUCCUCAGGAUAGAAGGUCGAUUAAUUAUCGGUCCGGACGACAAAGGCUACAUCGUGCUGAAAGACGAUCGAAGGUUCCCUCUUCAAGGCUCUUUCACGUACACUGAGGAGAAAAAGUAUACUUUGCGUGGCCCAUAUGGUGGUUAUCACGGUGACAACGUGGAUAAUCAAGGUCAAAAGACUUAUGAGGAGCAAUCCUGGGGCCAAGAGUCGUCCAGCCGCGGUUUAACGUCGGACGAUGGCUAUGAAAGCAGAUACAACACGCGCACAGAGGAAGAGAGACGGACAGAGGAGAAGACGAGCCAGACCAGAGUCUACGGGAGGAACAACGAACGGUUCAACGAUGAAUUCCCGACGGAAAGACCAGAACCCGGCCGGCCAAGUUCGAGGUACAGGCGCGAGAGCGACAUGAUCGACGUCAAAGAGUUCAAGAAGUUCGAAUGGCUCCACAGACAUCGACGAGAAGUCAACGAGAUCGAUGAAUACGCGGAUGAUGAAGCCCAUGAGAAUGACUACAACCUGAACGAUGAGGACGAUGAAUAUUAUAAGGAUAAGCCGAAAUCACCGGAACCGAUACCACCGUGUGACACAGCGAAUUGCGUGAUGCUGCGAUGUGUGUUGGGUCCCUUGAAGAAGGACCAACAAGUCUCGAUCAGCGCGAGGUAUCGCGUGGACGCCCGAACGUUGAAGGAGAUAGCUUUCAGGGAGAAAGUGAAAGUAUCAACGAAGCUGGUAGCACGCGUCACGAAGCAGCCGUUCAUCGGUACACCUGCCGAGCAAGUGAUCCGCAGUGAUGAAGUUAUCACAAACGUCGAGCCCAGCGCGCCACCUUCCGUUCCAGACGUCAUCCCGGUGUGGGUGGUGAUCCUGUCAGCCUGUGCCGGAGCGAUAAUCUUGUUACUGCUCAUAUUCUUGCUCUACAAGUGCGGUUUCUUUAAGAGAAACAGACCCUCCGACGCUCCAGAGAGGCAACCGCUGAACAGAAAUGGUCAUUUUCAGCAAGGCGAGGAACAUUGAGAAGACAAAGAGAAUAAGAAAGAAUGAGAGAGUGAAAGAGAGCUCCUCUCUUUUCCAUUCGGCCGAAGCCUUCGACACUCCGGCCGCAUCAGGUCGAAUCGUAGAUGAAUUGAAAAUCUCGGCUACGCGAUCGAACCGCGAGCACAAGUGCCUUCGUCUUCGGACACAGUUGAGGGAAUACGCAUUGCGUGGAUGCGCUCGAUGCGAUUUUUGCGGACGCGAUCGCGUGCUUCCCUCGCGAACACAUCAUCGUUCACAGUGCCUUAAAUUCACGUCCGAUAACGAGCAUUUGCACUGAGGUGCAUUAAAUGAAAUGGUUCUGAGCGACGAUCGUCACUCGCAUACUGCCACUGAAUACUCCUUCCAGCUCCUGCAGCUCGAUCACGCAAGUUUCUAGUCAGGAGACGUUCUUCUUCUUCUUCUUCUUCUUCUUCUUCUUCUUCUUCUUCUUCUUCUUCUUUUUCUUCUUAUUCCUCUUCUUCUUCUUAUUCCUCUUCUAUCUUAUUUUUCUCUCCUUCUUCUUUCUUCUUACCGUUGUAAUUUACUUAAGCCGCGCGUAUAAUCGGCAGAUACGGACACGAAUAUCUCGGCAUUCU